UUCCAGCCCACAGAGUGGUCAAAUCCAGCUUGAGAUGAACAACCUCCAGGAGACAGGGCCCUCAGCCCACAGGCACUGGUGCCCCUCCUUCUGCGUGCUGUUCCCUGUGGGUUUUGUGGCUGAGGCAAGGUCGCUCUUUGUCCUUUCCGGACCCUUGUUCCUGUUCCAGAUGCUGUCCUUCCUGAUCUAUGUGGUGAGCACGGUGUUCUGCGGGCACCUGGGCAAGUUGGAGUUGGCGUCUGUGACCCUGGCAGUGGCCUUUGUCAAUGUCUGCGGCGUGUCUGUGGGAUUUGGCUUGGCGUCAGCGUGUGACACCUUAAUGUCGCAGAGCUUCGGCAGCCCGAACAAGAAGCACGUGGGCGUCAUCUUGCAGAGGGGCACGAUCAUCUUGCUGCUUUCUUGCCUUCCCUGCUGGGCACUUUUCCUCAAUACCCAACAGCUCUUGCUGCUCCUCAGGCAGGACCCAGCAGUGUCCAGAUUAACGCAGGACUACGUGACGAUUUUUAUCCCAGCACUUCCUGCAAUUUUUCUCUACUGCCUGCUGGCAAAAUAUUUGCAAAAUCAGGGGAUCAUCUGGCCUGAAGUCCUCAGUGGCAUUGUGGGGAACUGUAUAAAUGUCUUGGCCAACUAUGCCCUGGUUUCUGUGAUGAACUUGGGGGUCAAGGGCUCUGCUUAUGCCAAUACCAUCUCCCAGUUUAUGCAGACCAUUUUCCUCUUUCUCUACAUUGUACUUAAGAAGCUCUACCUGGAGACAUGGGCAGGCUGGUCCAGCCAGUGUCUGCAAGACUGGGGUUCCUUCUUCUCCCUGGCCAUCCCCAGCAUGUUCAUGAUGUGCAUCGAGUGGUGGGCAUACGAGAUCGGGAGCCUCCUCAUGGGCCUGCUCAGCGUGCUGGACCUCUCUGCUCAGGCCGUCAUCUAUGAGGUGGCCACAGUGACAUACAUGAUUCCAAUGGGACUCAGCAUCGCAGUCUGUGUCCGAGUUGGGACAGCUCUUGGAGCUGCAGACACUGUGCAAGCAAAGCGGUCAGCCAUCUCAGGUGUACUCUGUGUAGUUGGCACUUCUUUGGUCAUGGGCAUCCUGUUGAGCAUCCUGAAAAAUAAGCUGGGGCAUAUUUUUACCAAUGAUGAAGAAGUCAUUAAUCUGGUGAACCAGCUCUUGCCCAUUUACAUCAUCUUCCAUGUCUUUGAAGCCAUCUGUUGUGUCUAUGGUGGCGUACUGAGAGGCACUGGCAAGCAGACCUUUGGAGCCAUUGUGAAUUUGAUCAUGUAUUAUGUCAUCGGCCUCCCACUGGGUGUCAUUCUGAUCUUUGUGGUUAGAAUGAGAAUCAUGGGCCUCUGGUUGGGCAUGUUGGCCUGUGUCCUUUUGGCAGCAGUUGCCUUUGUUACCUACACUGCACAGAUUAACUGGAAGUUAGCUGCAGAGGAGGCUCAGAAACAUGCCGGCCUGCAGCAGCAUGAGACAGAGUGUACAGUCCCCAGAACUUGGUCUGAAAAGGUGCUUGUAUCUUCAGUGGCCAUGGGCAGCUCCCCUGGCAUUACUUUGACAACAUACUCAAGUCCCGAGUCCCAAAUGGAUCUCUUCAAGAUGCCAGAAACAUCUCUGGAACCUUUGGUGUCUGCCAACACAUUAUCAAUGAAACAGCUGGCCAUCCGCCGUGGGGCUGCGCUAGGGGCAGCAUCAGCCACACUUAUCCUGGGGUUUGUUGUCAGGGUCCUGACCACCAGGCGCUAGCAAGUAGCUUGAAAACAGGAAAGGGAAGGAAAAAUAUGACUGCCCUGGCCUCCAUCCCCCUGUUCCCUGCACGCACAGAGAUCUGCCUUACAAAGCACUAAUGAGAUUCAGUACAGGUGGAUACUUAAGACCAUUCCUAAUAAAAGAGCUGGUACCUUAUGGAAAUGUAGGGGACUCUGAAUUACAAAUUAAUAGUGUGGACCAGUUACUUUUUCUUUUGACUGGAUUGCUGUUUAGAAGAUACCAGCCAACUGAAGAGUGAAGAUCUUGAGUGUCAAUAUUCUUCAGUAAUGUAAAUAGCCUCAAAUUAAAAAAAUACAAUAUA